CCAAGGCUGGGAGCGGGUCCCUCUUGCAAGCGCCGCUGCUGUUCCCUCUCGGAGCCUUCGCCAAGCACCGCCUGGAGAGGAGGUCCCGCGCCGGCCUCGGCCUCUCCUCCCCUGGCGGCCAGGGGGUUGGUUUCCCGCCUUGCUGGAGGAGCUGCCUGGACCCUGGUGCAACUCUCUUAAACGAGAGCAUGUUGACAAGCAAGCUCUUCACACUGGUGCUGGUGGUCCAGCCCCAACGCAUCCUGCUGGGCAUGAAGAAGCGCGGCUUUGGGGCCGGGCGGUGGAAUGGCUUCGGAGGGAAGGUGCAGCCGGGUGAAACCAUCGAGCAGGCGGCCAGAAGGGAACUACAGGAAGAGAGUGGACUGACGGUGGACGUCUUGCAGAAGAUGGGCCGGAUCACUUUUGAGUUCGUGGGUAACACGGAGCUGAUGGAAGUCCACAUCUUCCGAGCCGACAGUUUCCAAGGAGAGCCCACGGAAAGCGACGAAAUGCGUCCGCAGUGGUUUGAACUGGACCACGUGCCCUUCAAGGACAUGUGGCCAGAUGACAGCUAUUGGUUUCCUCUGCUCCUCCAGAAGAAGACGUUUGUCGGUUAUUUUAAGUUCCAGGGGCAGGACACGAUCUUGGAGUACACCUUGAAAGAAGCAGAAGAGGUCUAGGAGGGGAAGAACUCCGGAGGUCCUCCAAGUGGGGACACACACUUGCAUCGGGGGCGAUGAGCUAUUCUGGUCGCCCCGAAGCCUUCAUCUCCUGCUGAGAGCAGACUUCAUUGUGCAACAGGCGAACGGCAGGCAGACAAACAUGAAACCCAGAAAAUCUACAGCAACUGGCAAACAUGAAACCGUUCCUCUGUGUGGUGAAGAACUUACAGAUGGCACUUCUUUUGUAUGACCAGUUGCCGCUUUCCGUCUCGGUUGUGUUAGUGUGUGCGGCUCUCUUUCAGGGCCUGACCCCCAACGUUUAGAUUUUUUCAUCCCCCCCCCAAGCAUCGCGAGCCCUUUGCUGUCAACGAGAACCUCCUUAGUCAAUAUUUUCCCCCUGAAUCUUGUUUUUGAAAGGGGACUGUACCCCCAAGUUCUCCCGUUUGCAUCUCAUUGGGGCAGCUUCUCUUCCAGUUCUGGCAAGAAGUGUUUCACACAUGGAACCUUAAAGCGUUUCCAUGCGUGGAACCUUAAAUUGUUUCCACGAGGAAGCCCCCUGCCCAUGCGAAACAAUCCCCCAACCGCAGUGGUGUAAGCAUUGGGGUGGCGGCUGUAGCUAAUUCUUCGUAGCCCCGUGCAUGCUGAGAACUUACUAAAAAAAGAUCAUAUUUCAGCUCUAGUUCCCAGUAUAUGAGCAGCAGUCCUGUAUUCCCCAGACUUUCCUAGAAGAGGGAAAUUGAGCCAGUUGUGUCUUCUCCUAUUGCUGCAGGACAGUGAUGGAGAAACCUACAUCUUGGCAAAUGUGGACCGUCUGUACAGACUCCAAGAGGAAGCCUCUGUCCUGCAGAUGACAGAAUAUGCCACUUGGUAAAAACUAAGUUACGGUUCAAUGGAACACUUGAGCAGUCACUGUUCUUGAUAUGGGCCUUAACCGCACAGUGGAAUUGUGUUUUAAGGUCUUUUACGGGAAUGCCGGUUGUCGUUGAUAAAUACGGAGAGGGGGCAGGACACUCAGUCUGAAAGUUUAUUACAAAUGAAACUAGCAUUUUGCCCUCAGUUUACUAACCCAAUAUGUUAUAGUUGUUAUUCCUUAUGUAGAUUCUUAAAUGACUGAAACCAUAAAGGGUCUCUGUGGGGGGUUAAUUUUGUCACCUGGACAGUUUCCAGAUGGAAAGCGUGCAAGAAAUAUUCCAAUCAUAUACCAGACGUCUGCCUACGUUCACUUGCCCACCUUUGCUA